GUCACAACAAAUCACACACACACACACACACACACACACAUCUCGGGUGUGGACAGGUGAACCGACGCUAACGGGACUAAACGCCCCGACACGUCUCGUGUUUUUCCGCCGUGUUGUCGCAGCCUCUUCGGGCUCUGGAGCUCCGAGCCCCCCCGACUCCACACGACUCUGCCCGGGUCCCUGCGCUCUGCCCCGGACUCAGCUCAGAGCUCAGCCCGGCACAGGAGGAGACAUGUCCCAGGAGAAGACCGACCCCCCCACCGAGCUGCUGGAGAGCGUGCGGGAGGCCGUGGGUCGGAGGGUGAAGCUGACCCUGCGGCGCAAAGUCCAGCUGGAGGUCAAAGGUGACAAGGUGGAGAACCGAGUGCUGGCGUUGGCGUCCCAUCGAGCUUAUCUGCUGACGACUCGGCUCCCGGCCAAGGUUGAACAGUCGUUCAGUUACCUGGAUAUUCAGGGGAUCAGCAGCAACAAGCCCACUCAGUUGGUGUUGGAGCACGAGCGCGGCCCCUGGAGCCUCCGGCUGAACUCGGUGGAGGAGGUGGACGAGGUCAUCGCUCAUAUCGGCAGCUGUCUGCACCGGAUCUGUCCCACGGGUUCACCUGUGAAGGUGAUGAGGAAGUUGAGUCUCAAGCCUCCGGAGAGGACGGCGGCGCUUCAGGCCAUGUGGGACGACCAGGGCUCGGCUGAGCUCGGACCCUGCGGUGGUUUCUCUCAUCAGUACUGGUGUGUGUGUGAUAACCUGGGGGUGCCGUACAGGGAGGAGGUCCAAUGGGACGUGGACACCAUCUAUCUCACCCAGGACACCAGAGAACUCAACCUGCAGGACUUUGUCCACCUGGAAAACAGGGAUUUGGUGGCGAUCAUCGCAGCGCUGGAGUUCAACCAGUGGUUCACCAAACUCUCCACCAAAGACUACAAACUGUCGACAGACGUGUGCGAUCAGAUCCUCAGGGUCGUGGCUCGAUCCAGUCGACUGGAGGAGCUGGUUCUGGACAACGCUGGACUCAAGAGUGAUUUUGCUCAGAAACUGGCCGGCGCUCUGUCACAAAACCCCGCCUCCACGCUGCACACACUCAACCUGAGCAACAACUCGCUGGAGGACAAAGGUGCUGCUGCUCUGAGCGCUCAACUCGCCAAACUGCCGAUGGGCCUGAAGCACCUGAACCUCUGCAGGACGUCCAUGUCUCCUAAAGGAGUGAACAUCCUCUGUCAGUCUCUCUGUGCGAACCCAGUCGUGGCCACCACCCUCACACACCUCGACCUGUCGGGAAACUCGCUGCGAGGCGACGACCUCCAGAACCUGCACAGUUUCCUGAGUCACUCCAACAGUCUGGAGACUCUGGAUCUGUCCAACAGCGACUGCUCUCUGGAGCAGGUGUGUUCGUCUUUGCUUCGAGGAUCUUUGAAGCAUCUCUCCGUCCUGAACAUGUCAAAGACCGUCUUCUCUCACAGGAAGUGUAAAGAAAUCCCUUCGUCCUUCAAGCAGUUCUUCAGCGGCUCUCAGGCUCUGAGCUCCGUCAGCCUGUCGGGAACCCGGCUGCCGCUGGAGGCUCUGAAGUCGUUGCUGCUGGGCCUCGGCUGUAACCCCAGCCUCAACGACGUUUCUCUGGAUCUCAGCUGCUGUGAGCUGCGUUCAGGAGGCUCCCAGAUCCUGGAGGGCUGCAUCGCAGAGAUCCCCAACAUUUCCAGUUUGGACAUUUCUGACAACGGUCUGGACAUGGAUCUAAUCACUCUGCUGGUGUGGCUCGCCAAGAACCGCUCCGUCAGAACCCUCUCACUGGGCAAGAACUUCCACAACAUCAAGUCCAAAAAUGUGUCUCCAGUCCUGGACAACCUGGUCCACAUGAUUCAGGAGGAGGAUUCACCGCUGACCUCGCUGUCCUUGGCGGAUUCCCGGCUGAAGGCCGACCUCUCCAUUGUCCUCAACGCUCUGGGCAGCAACACGUCUCUGACCAAGCUGGACAUCAGUGGAAACGCCAUGGGAGACAUGGGCGCCAAGAUGCUGGCGAAAGCUCUGCAGAUCAACACCAAACUCAGGACGAUAGUGUGGGACAGAAACAACGUCAGUUCUCAGGGACUCCAGGACGUCGCUGCCGCUCUGGAGAAGAACUACACCAUUCGCUUCAUGCCUGUUCCCAUCAUGGACGCUGCUCAGGCGCUGAAGGCGAACCCGGAGAAGACGGAGGACGCCUUAUUAAAGAUGGAACAGUAUCUGCUGAGGAACCACGAGACACGUAAAUACCUGCAGGAGCAGGCGUACAGGCUGCAGCAGGGGAUCGUCACCACCACCACACAACAGAUGAUGGAUAUGAUGUGCGUGAAGGUGCAGGAUCACCUCAACUCUCUGAAGUUCACGGAGAGCAGCUCGGUUCAGGAGGACAUGAAGGUGGCGGAGAACCUCAUGAAGGACGCCAGGAACUCCAAGACGCUCCUCCCCAACCUGUACCACCUGAGGAGCGGGGGGGGCAGGGGCGCCUGCGUCGGAGCCAUUCAGGACAAACUGGAGUCGAUGGCUGGAGAGGUGGCGAGGGUGAUGGACGAACAGCUGCAGACGAUGCUGGCGUCCAUGGUGGACGCUGCUGAGGGCCUGUGUCCUCACGUGAUGAAGAGGAGCAGCCUUAGUCAAGAGCUGCUGACGGCCGGAGCCGGGAGGAUGACCAUCCCCCGCAGCUUCAUCACCACCACGCUGCUGGAGCAGUCCGGCGUCGACAUCAUCAACAAGAUCAGUGAGGUGAAGCUCAGCUUGGCGUCGUGUCUGUCCGAUCGCAUCGUGGACGAGAUCCUGGAGUCUCUGUCCAGGUCACAACACACUCUGGCCGACCAUCUGAGCAGGAAGGACCCGCCUCUGCUGCGUCACGCGCCUCACAUGGAGGCCGAGGUUCUGGACGAGACGGUUCUGCAGUCGGAGAACCAGAACCAGGAGCAGGAACACAAACCACAGCGGAAACACGGGCUGCAGGAUAUGGACACGUGCAUGAUGACGAAGAGGAAGAGUAUUCUGGUGAGGAUGCUGCGUCCCGUCUCUGUGGCCUUCGAGAUGGAGUUUGACCUGGACAAAGCUCUGGAGGAGGUUCCCAUCCAUGUUGAGGACCUUCCUCUUCCUCCUCCUUCUUCGCCGUUACCCGACAGGAUGUCAGCGUACAGAGACCUCCCUCCUCCCCCGAGGUCCACGGACACGAGGUCCCUCCCUCUGGGCGAUCUGCUGCCGGUGGACCACAAGCUGCUGGAGCAUCGCACCAAACUACGACCGAAACCCAAGAAGAGGACGAAGCCCAGUCGACCACGUCGACAGGCCGCCGGCGGCUCGGCGCCACCAGACGGCGAGCAGAACAGCAUCAUGGGAAAGCUGGACGAGGGCCUGGACGACUUCUUCUCCAAGAAAGUCAUCAGACUCAGCUUCAAACUUCCAUCUGUCAAAGGUUCAGCGUCAAACCCGCAGGAAGCAACAGAGAAGAAACGUGAGUCCAGGAAGAGCGGCUUCUUCAACCUCAUCAAAUCCCGGACGUCCCGCUCAGAGAAGAGCCACGGAGCCGCCGCCAUCACGCCUCCUCAGCCCGUGACCUCCAGCACCGCCGCCCCCUCUUCUUCUGUCAGCCCCGUGACUGAGGAGCCCACAUCCCCUGCACCGCCCAUAAAGAACGCCGCCCCCCCAGCGGAGCCGCAUCAGGAGCUCCACAGGGCGCAGGCCGUGAACCACUCAGAUUCAGAGACGGAGGUCUGUCCGCCUCCUGCUGAGGAGGAGAAGGAGGAGAAGGAGGAGGAGGAGGAGGAGCACCCCCACAAACCUCGCCAUAUUGGAGUUCCUGUGAUGGGAAUGGACCUGAUGGCUGAGAUGAAGGCCCGACAGGAGAGGAUGGCUGUGAAGAAGUCUGAGUCGUCGUCCUCUCAGGACAAAGUGGACGGAGACAAAGCCAUGUCCGACAUCCACCCCCCCGUCCCGGCGGAGAACGAAGAGUCCAGACCGGAGCCGCCCCCCAGGUCCAAACCGCCGAGCGUCAGCCCCAGACCGCCUCCGUGCCAGGCCGCCAAACCCCCGCCGGGUCCCACCAGUCCCACCAGUCCCACCUGUCCCACCGGUCCCACCAGUCCCACCAGUCCCACCUGUCCCACCGGUCCCACCAGUCCCACCUGUCCCACCGGUCCCACCAGUCCCACCAGUCCCCUGCCGAGCAGCACCAACGUUCACGACGACUCCACUGAGGCUCCAGCAGCCAAAGCCCCACUUCCUGCUCCUCGCCUGAAGAGGGCGCCGUCGGAGCAGGAGCGAGAGAGCGUGAGCAGCAACUCUGCAGGACGCCUGUCGCCAGUGGACGCCGACUUUUCCGGAGACGCUGGCGAUGCCUUUGACCCCGGUGCAGGGGCGGAGCCCGGUGCAGGGGUGGAGUCCGAGGCAGGGGCGGAGCCCGGUGCCGGCGGCGGCAGGCAGUGGUCGUCUCUGAAGAGUUCAGCCCCUCCUCCUUCCGACACGGAGGCGGACCGAGAGCGCACCCAGUCCCUCCCCGCUUAUGCGGCGCCUCCGUCGCUGGCCGACACAGAUCUGAGUCCGGCCGAGGACGAGACUGAAACGGCCGAUCUCAAGUCUGACGGCAAAUCAGAGGAGGAGUCCGGUGACGAGGCUCCUUCGGUCUGACGCCAGCGAGACGUUUAGAAUCCGACGUUUCAGGACAAUCACUCGUGUGCUCGGAUGACAUUGAGUUUUCUUAACAGUUCCUGGUGAGGCUCGUGUACUCAGAAGAGGUUCCUGACCUGGGAUCAGCCGGGUUUCAUCAGCGUCUCCAACAGGAUCAUUAUCUGAGGCUCCAUCUUCUCCACGGAACAGAGAACUGUCAAUCAGGAGCAGCAGCUAGAAACAGAAACAAAAAUUAUAUCUCAAAAUAUGUCAAAAACCAAAGAGACGAUGAAACUGAUUCAAACUGAAACGAACGUUAUUUUUUUUUGGUCUUAUUGUGUUUAAUUUGAAUCGACUGUUAACGACCAGUUCAAACCUGCUGAGGGUUUUAUUUCAUCUAAAGGCAACAGAGACGGCAAAAAGAUUUAUGUUUAAUUUGAUGAAAUAUGAUGAAAGACUCGGCUGCGAGUUGAGAUUUUGAAGCGUUUAUUUAAAACAUUCCUCUUGUUCAUGACUAGAAAAUAUUUCAGGUCAGUUUCUGUGGAUAAUAUAAUUUGAAUGACACUGUAAAACAUACAAACUUAUCCUCUCUAACACAUUAUUCUCCUUUUUGACUUUUCAGUUUUCAGUUUAAGUUUUUAGUUCUUGAAAUAAGACGGAAUAAGAGAAGUCACAGCUUCAACUGUCACAACCAGCUGCAGUUGAAGAGUGAAGCUGAACUGAGAUCAGUUAAAAACACUCUGAAGUUAUUAAAAACCAGAGUUUAUCUCCAAUAUUCAGCAGGAAACUGUUAAAACAUGAAGAAUUCUGAACAGAGUUCGGUGGAUUUGUUCCAGCUGCAGCUCUUCAGGGUCAGGAAGCAGAGGAUCAUGGGUAAUAUCCAGAGGGACGACCCAGUCAGAGUCAACACAUUGAGACACUUUGUUUAUUCUGCACAUGAAACCACUUCCAGUAAAGAAAAUAGUGACAUGAAUCAAAAUAUAUUAAAUAUGUAUAUUAAUAUAAGCAAGCCUUAGAGGUAAUCACCACAUGUGGCUGCAGGGGGCGCUGUUGCUCAGUAAGUUACAGCGUGUUGCUUUAAACCUCAGCAGUCGUCUUCUCCUGAGUCGACAACAAGUCGUGAACAUGUCACCACGAACAUCACAUGACCACGAGAAACCAGCGCGUCGCUGCUCCGCCCACUGAGGUGUCACUUCAACCAAUGAGAUUCUUCUGGCAGAAAACUAAAACUUUAACUUUCCAGAUGUUGUUCUUUAAAAACUAAAAUCCUUCUUCUCCUCUGAUGUGACCUGUCACCGCUGCUGUAUCGUCUCAUUCUGACGUCUGUCAAUCACCGACUGCUGCACUGACACGUGUUUAUGUCCCGAUGUAAAUACUAACGUUGAAAUGGGUUUUAAUCAGAGUCACGUACACGAACUCUGGGGUUUUACUGUCAUUGGAGCAGAAAUCUGAUUUAUUAUUUUCAUUUAAGAGACUUGGUGAUGGUUUUCUUUAUACUGGGACAAUAUUUUUGAAAUAUUUUGCUUUUUAAAAAAAAGAUAUGUUAUAUUGUUUAUAUGUGAGUGGACCUUC